AUGGCAACUUCCAAGGCCAAUCUCUACGAUGACGUCCAAGUAACGUGGGGAGAUCAACGUGGGAAGAUACUCGAAGGAGGACAGCUUCUCACACUCUCUCUUGACAAGUAUUCGGGUUCUGGUUUCCAAUCCAAGAAUGAGUACCUAUUCGGAAAGAUCGACAUGCAAAUCAAGCUUGUUCCUGGCAACUCUGCUGGCACUGUCACCACUUUUUAUUUAUCAUCUCAAGGAGCCAACCAUGAUGAGAUCGAUUUCGAGUUCUUGGGCAACGUAUCAGGAGAUCCAUAUAUACUUCAUACCAAUGUCUUCUCCCAAGGGAAAGGCAACAGGGAACAACAAUUCUACCUUUGUUUCUUGGUGGACGACAUUCCAAUAAGAGUGUUCAACAACAUGGAAUCAAAUGGAGUUCCAUUCCCAAGCAACCAACCCAUGAGGCUUUACUCAAGUCUCUGGAAUGCAGAUGACUGGGCAACCAGAGGAGGCCUAGUGAAGACGGAUUGGACCAAUGCUCCUUUCACUGCUUCUUACAGAAAUUUCAGGGCCAACGCUUGUGUUUGGUCGCAAUCUGGAACAUCUUGCGGGGCUAAUUCUGCCAACAGCUUGCAGAACAGUGCAUGGCAGGAACAAGGGCUCGAUUCCAAGGGCCGGAACAGGAUCCGAUGGGUGCAACAAAAAUACAUGAUAUAUAACUACUGCAAUGACUUCAAGCGCUUCUCGGAAGGCCUCCCAAUUGAAUGCAAGCAAUCAAGAUUUCUCUAA